ACCCUUGAAGGUACCCUUCUUUGUAUCCUCAUGGUUAUAUAUUUGGUACCUUUAGAGUGUAUCUUCUACCUGCCAUGAUGCAUAAAGAGUACCUUACCAAGUGAAAGCUAAUUAAAUAUACAUCAGUGGCCCUUCAAGUCAGUUUAAAGUUACAUAGAAAAUAAUAUACACACUACAGGUAGAAUAGAUGUGUUCUUGUGGGUACCAUUGCAGUGUCAAGGAGAGUUAUAUAUUUUGGUGUCGUUCUAAGUGCAAAAGUCCAUUAAGAAGUCCCUGGGCUGUAAAGUGACUGCUCUGCCGCUGGUGCGCGAGACGGUUCCCUAGUCCGCUAUUAUCUGAUUGGCUGAGUCUCUGAACGGCAGCGCGGCCGCUUUGCCCACCCACCGUUUAUAUAGCAAUCCGCGCACAUUACUGACUUCCUGCACCGAGGAGACUAUUAGAAGUGCGCGCUCAUGGCAGCUAAUGAUUAUCGCGGUUACCUGCGGAACCAUAUGGACAUGGAGCACGGGGGAUCGCGCUUCCAGCAACCGACCCAAAGCGCCCAUAAGCCCCUGAUUUUCGGCACGCUGGCCGUGAUGGGACUGCUGCAGGUCGCGUCCAGUGUCACCAUUUUGCUGCACUUGACCGGUUAUCUCCGCGAGGAAGUUCAUUCUGAACCCAUAAUCGCUGAUGCGUUCAGAGACAUCAAGAAAAAGGAAAGGUCCCGAAAAAAAGAUCAAACACCCGUAGCACACCUCCCUGUCAAGACCCCCAUGGACUUUGCAAGCACCGACUCCAAGGUUGUGACGACUAUCCAUUGGAACCAGUUUCAUGGCACGCUGACGAAGGUCAAAUACCACGAUGGACGAUUCGUGAUGGAGGAACAAGGAUUGUAUUACGUGUAUGCCAAGACCUGUUUCCGGUAUGCCCCUGACCAUGCCUCUAAGAAGCAGGAUGUUAGCAACGUCCAACUGAUUCAGUAUAUUUUCCAUGAGAGUCACACCCAGUCGAAACUCAAACCUGUGCUGCUUUCAAAGAGCGGCGGGACGUUCAACUGGAGUGACCCAAACUACAACAUGUACUGUGUGCAACAAGGAAGAAGUGUCCGGUUGGGACAAAGCGACGGCCUUUUUGUCAACGUGUCCAAUUCAUGGUUGUUGGAUCCAGAGCCAGAGGGGACUUACUUUGGUGUUUUUAAAAUGAGCACCUGACUUUUGUUUAUUUUUGCUACUGAACUGGUUUAUGCACAUUUUACAACCUUAUGAACAAUUUCAACAUGACCAAGAACCACUGAGCACUUAUAUUUUAGAUCACUGACUUCUGACGUUGUUUUCAAUAUUGAUUUAUAUUGUACAUCAUUAAGGGCACAUCAGACUGUUAACUUUUGUCAUAAAAGUUUUGGCAUGUUAACAUUAACUGCCACAGUUGGUUAAGAUGGCAUUGCUACUUCAUUACGGACUUCACUUGCUUUCCAUACUUAUGUACAAAACUUGCAGUAACAAACCGAGUGAAAAAUCUGUUUGUGAGUAUUAAAUCUAGGAACACACUUCUGAAUAUAUGUAACCGGAUAAUCACUUGGGGUAGUUACAUAUGGGGAACUUCGAGGAAUUGCUGUAAGUGGCUGGUCAGAGUUUGGCAUUGCUGAAAUAAUGGUUUUAGUCUCAGUUCAGCCACUACAUAAACAGUGUCUGUAUGAUAACCAUCAACCUUUUCAGAGCUGAAGCAGGUGUAUUAAGCAGGUAAAACACAUGUUAUACAGUCCUCUCAGAUCUGCAUGAUUUAGAACCACUGCUUAAAACUUUCACCUAAAUAUUUCUUAUGUUCUGUUUAGCAAGUCGAAGUCCUAGAGCAGAUUUGGCACUGAUUUUGCAACUCCCAAUUAAUACAAUGUUAAAAAAAAAAACGAACGAAAGGGCAGUCGAAGGUCCGCUUCAUGCCUUAGUUAGUUAUAUAAAUGGGAUUUUUGUUGGUUAAUGCGAAAUUUCUUUAAACAAAGCGAAACAAAAUCAAAGAUAGCUGGACUGUCUUUUAGUCAUUGUGAGAGCAGAAAAGAUUGACAUGAAUACAGUGAACCAAACUGAGUUUGGUACAUGCUAAUUUAAAGAGUUCUUUUUCAUUUCACUCUUUUUGGAGGAGAUGAGAAAAUGCACUAAAUGUAUUUAUUUAUUUUUUAUGAUGAAAAAGAUGGACAUUUGUAAAAUGUUCUGUCUUAUUCUAAAACUCUUGUACAGUGUGUAGGUCUGCCUAAGCUCCAUUCUUUCCACAGGUUUUGGAUGACACGCAUUGACUGUAGGUCAGUUGUAAAUGCGCUUUUUUUUUGCAAAUGGGGGAAGCACAGGGCUCCUUUUAAACCUUAUUUUGAGUGGUUUCUCAGUAAAGAAACUUUGUAUUUAUGUAUCUUGUAUUUGACAAUUCUGUGCACAAAUUUCUCAUUCAAAGCAGCAUUUAUUGCUGUUCAACAUACAAGUUAAAUUUCAAACUUAAAAAUUUAAGGAUUUUUCAUAUCAACAAAUGUUUUGUUUAAUAGUAUUGUUUAUUUAUAUCAUUCUAACUAAUAAAAAUACUUUUCUAAAUAUGCCUAAAAUGCUAUAUUUCUCGUUUUGUUUUGAUCUGAAAGCAGAAAAUUAGAUGCUUAGCUUGUUUUGUUCAGUAAUAAUAACGUGUUCAGUUAUCCAUCUCUUUCACUAAAUGAUAAAUUUAGUCCUCCAGUAGGUCAGUACAUAAGGAUGUUUCAUUUUAAACCCUGAUUAGUGAGAGUGUCACUGCUUGGUCUUCAAGCAAUGCUACUUCAAUGGUCAACUUUACACUCAACCUCUAUUGUGCCAAUGUUGA